UGAAUCAAGACACCCUCAACGUCCAUAUUCACCAAUCUUGUUUAAUUCUCUCAUUUUAUAGGAGUGAUCCCCGCCGGCUCUCACCUUGAUCUAUCUUUCCGGUCUCCGUAGAAGAAAAGGCAGUGGAGGACACUUUAACACUGAGAAAUCUUCUGCUUCCAUUCUGAAUAAAAGCCCAGUUGUUUAUUUCUAAAGAAAGUUACUUUUAAAAGUUCAAGGAGAGAUAACAUUAAGAAUGAGCAGUCAAAGAAAAGGAUCAGAAGCAGCUCCAUAUCAUGUCGUUCAUAAACUUCCUCCUGGUGAUAGUCCUUAUGUUAGAGCCAAGCAUGUUCAGCUAGUUGAGAAGGAUCCUGGAGCAGCGAUAGCUUUGUUUUGGAAGGCGAUAAAUGCUGGAGAUAGAGUGGAUAGUGCUCUCAAAGACAUGGCAGUGGUUAUGAAACAGCAAGACAGGGCAGAGGAGGCAAUUGAAGCUAUAAAGGCUUUUAGAGAUCGCUGUUCAAAGCAAGCCCAAGAAUCUCUAGAUAAUGUCCUCAUUGACUUGUACAAGAAAUGUGGAAAAAUUGAGGAGCAGAUAGAGCUAUUGAAACAGAAGCUCCGGAUGAUUCACCAAGGAGAGGCCUUUAAUGGGAAGGCUACCAAGACUGCACGCUCUCAUGGAAGAAAGUUCCAGGUUACUGUCAAACAAGAGACUUCUCGGAUACUGGGAAACUUGGGUUGGGCAUACAUGCAGAAAGGAAACUAUUCGGCAGCGGAAGUUGUAUACCGCAAAGCUCAGUCCAUUGACCCAGAUGCGAACAAGGCCUGCAACUUGGGCUUAUGCUUAAUCAAGCAAACACGAUAUGCUGAGGCACAAGCAGUCCUCGAUGACAUAUUCCGGGGUAAGCUUUUAGGAUCUGAUGAGCCGAAAUCAAGAAACCGUGCCCAGGAGCUGCUCUGUGAACUAGAGACACACCAAUCCUCAUCGAUGUUCUCGGAACCAUCAGGAUCAAGCUUAGAGGAUGUUUUUGUGGAGGGCCUUGAUCAGUUGACGAGUCAAUGGACUCCAUACAGAUCGAGGAGACUGCCCAUAUUUGAAGAGAUCUCAUCAUUUAGAGAUCAGUUAGCUUGUUGAUUUCAUGUUUUUAGAUAGUCUUCAAUUUUUUGACCGUGAGUUCGUGUAUAAUUGUUGUGAGAUAGAUAUAAACUGGGAGUGUGAGUUAAUGUAACAAAAUGAACACUUGAAUGUGUUCCAUAUAACCACAGUACAAUGUGUAUAUUUCUUGUGUUCUAUAAAACCUAACGCCAACACCAGUUACUCUCUUGGUGUUGUAUCAA